CUUGUCCUCCAGGUAAACAUGGCCCCCUGUGUGAGCAUCACUGUCCCUGUCAGAACGGUGGAACAUGUCACCAUGUCACUGGGGAGUGUUCCUGUCCUGCUGGCUGGAUGGGUCCAGUGUGUGCCCAGCCAUGUCCAUUUGGAUCUUUUGGCAUUAAUUGCUCCCAGGAGUGCACGUGUCGUAACGGAGGGCUAUGUGACCAUAUCAGCGGUCAGUGCCAGUGCACAGCUGGCUACAUUGGAGAAAGAUGCCAGGAUGAAUGCCCAGUUGGCACUUAUGGGCCACAGUGUGCUCACAAGUGUGACUGCCAGAACAGAGCCAAAUGCUACCACAUCAACGGCGCCUGCCUUUGUAACGAAGGCUUCAAGGGGCCUAGCUGUCAGGAUCGUUUCUGUCCCACUGGCCUGUAUGGACUCAUCUGUGACAAAUACUGCCCCUGCAUACACACAAACACACUCAGCUGUCACCCUCUGUCAGGAGAGUGCACCUGUGCUGCGGGAUGGACUGGGCUUUACUGUGACGAGACCUGCCCACCAGGUUACUACGGUGAGGGCUGCAGAGAGCUGUGUGUUUGUGCUAAUGGAGCCUACUGUGAUGGCAUCACUGGAGCUUGUAUCUGUGCACCAGGAUACAUACUCAACAUUUUGCAGAAAAACGGGGUGUUUACUCAAGGAUUGUAUUCCAACUCGAUUUAUUAUCUCUGAAUUGUGUCUUUCCAGAUGCCAGGAUGAAUGCCCAGUUGGCACUUAUGGGCCACAGUGUGCUCACAAGUGUGACUGCCAGAACAGAGCCAAAUGCUACCACAUCAACGGCGCCUGCCUUUGUAACGAAGGCUUCAAGGGGCCUAGCUGUCAGGAUCGUUUCUGUCCCACUGGCCUGUAUGGACUCAUCUGUGACAAAUACUGCCCCUGCAUACACACAAACACACUCAGCUGUCACCCUCUGUCAGGAGAGUGCACCUGUGCUGCGGGAUGGACUGGGCUUUACUGUGACGAGACCUGCCCACCAGGUUACUACGGUGAGGGCUGCAGAGAGCUGUGUGUUUGUGCUAAUGGAGCCUACUGUGAUGGCAUCACUGGAGCUUGUAUCUGUGCACCAGGAUACAUAGGUGACGACUGCUCUAUCAGCUGUCUUGCAGGCCUGUACGGGAUCAACUGCUCCUCAUCGUGCUCCUGCCAAAACGAGAUCUCCUGCUCACACACUGAUGGUUCCUGCAUCUGCAGAGAAGGUUGGCAGGGUGUCGACUGCUCCAUCCCUUGCUCCAGUGGAACCUGGGGACUGAGCUGCAAUCAGACGUGUCAGUGUGCCAAUGGCGCAGCUUGCAACCCCGUCAGUGGAACCUGUGCUUGCUCCCCAGGCUGGAUGGAUGAAUACUGUGACGUACCUUGUCCUGAUGGAUCGUACGGCUUGGAUUGCAGAGAGAAAUGUGACUGCGUUAACUCCGAUGGCUGUGAUCCAGUUACGGGUGUCUGCCGCUGUCUUGCAGGUUGGACGGCAUGUUCUCCUGGCUUCUAUGGCCAUCGUUGCAGUCUGAUGUGUCCUCAGUGUGUCCACAGCGAUGGGGCAUGCCACCACAUCACCGGCCACUGCAAAUGUCUCGCUGGAUUUUUUGGCUCCCUCUGCAAUGAAGUAUGUCCCAGCGGAAAGUUUGGUAAAGCCUGUGCCGAGACCUGCUUGUGCACUAAUAAUGGCACUUGUAACCCCAUCGAUGGCUCCUGUCAGUGUUACCCUGGAUGGACCAGCGAAGACUGUUCUAAGCCAUGUCCUUGGGGCUCAUGGGGCCUUGACUGCAUCCACACAUGUACCUGUCACAAUGGAGCUCAGUGCAGCGCUACAGAUGGAGAGUGUAUCUGCAGCCCUGGAUGGACAGGACUCUACUGCACUCAGCGCUGUCCUGCAGGUUUCUACGGCUCUCACUGUGCUGAGGUGUGUCGCUGUCAGAAUGGAGCAGACUGUGACCACAUCACGGGACAGUGCUCCUGCAGGACAGGCUUUAUAGGACACAGCUGUGAGCUCAAGUGUCCCGCAGGGACAUUUGGCUACGGCUGCCAGCAGCUGUGUGAGUGUAUGAACAAUGCCACCUGUGACUACGUGACCGGAACCUGCUACUGCAGCAUCGGCUUUAAAGGCAUCCGUUGUGACCAGGCGGCCUUGAUGAUGGAGGAGCUGAACCCCUACACCAAGAUGAGCCCAGCUCUGGCAUCGCAGCGGCAGUCGACGGGGGCUGUCCUGGGCAUCGUCUUCCUGCUGCUGAUGAUCAUGGCCAUGCUUGCUCUGGUGGUCUGGUUCCGUUAUCGACAAAGAGAGAAAGGCCACCGUGUGCCUAGUGUCACCUAUACACCUGCCCUGAACAUCAGCUCCACUGACUACUCCCUCUCAGCAGGGCUGCAGUGCACAGGCCUGCUUUCUUCUUCAGAGUCCUCUCCCAGUAGCAGCUCUUUAGGUGGCUGCUUCUCCAACCCCAGCUACCGCACCCUGGGGUCCUGCACCUAUGCCACACACUAUGCCAAGCCAGAUAAGAGGAGUUUCGCCAAGAUGAAGACAAAGAAGCAACACAGGAACAGCGCUCCAGAGUGGGGCGCCUACUGCAACCUCAGUGAGCUCGGUGUUUACUGCAUUAAUCAACGUUACAGCUACCACAUGGAGCCACGCUACAGAGACUAUGUGAAGAGUUCGUUGUCCAGCACCUGUUCCCUCAACAGUGAAAACCCGUACGCCACCAUAACCGACAAUCCCAGCCUAUGUAAGCACUCAGAGAGCAGCUACGUGGAGAUGAAAUCACCAGCACACCAUGAACACACGGCACACUGCUGUUCUGCUGCCAUCAUCAGUGCGACUACAACCACCACUGUGCCUGCCAAGAAUGUCUACAACAUGGAACCAACCAUAAGUAUUGUGCCGGCAAGUGGUGCUGCAGUGGUUCCCAGUUACCCUCAGAACCCAUACGACCUCCCCAGGAACAGCCACAUCCCGAGCCACUACGACCUGCUGCCAAUGCGCCCCAGCCCCUCCCACAGCCACAGCCUCACCCUGAACAGCUGCAGUCCCCCACUGCCCGGCAGCCCCACCAGUUCCCUGCUCUAGGGCCCCCCAACAGGAUCCAGUGCACUCAGAACUAAGAAACUGAAGUAUGAAAGUAGAAAGUGUUUUGACACUGAUGAGUAAAUACAGGUUGAUAUUUAAAGGAUGGAGAAAAUGUGUUGCUGGGACUAAUACUUACUUAUUUAUUUUCUAAGUAGCAUUUUAUUUGUUUGUUUGGUUUGUUUUUCGUUUUGUUUUGCAGUGUCCAGACUGCUAGACGGCUGUUUGACAUUUUACUAUGAUAUACCAACCAACCAGUCUGAGCUGUUUUGUGUCAGUCACCAGUACAUCUUUAUAUUCUUAUUUUCACACCAAAAUUGCCAGCAGCGGGGUAAUACAAGUACAUAUACACAUAAAUAUACUCGUUUCAGCGGUUUUUGAGACAUCUCGACUCAGAAGAUGAAUGUCAAAAAAGAAACUGACUUGCUCACGUAAAGACUGCAAUGGCUGUGCCAAAGAAAGGACUGAGGCCCACUGUACAUCUGCAAAGACUACUUUAUUUACUAGCAUGUUAGGUCCAAAUGAACAUCAUGUGGGCAUUACGGUUGUGCUGUGGGAAAGAAAUCCAAUGGACUCCUCCGAAGAAAAGGCUCUCUAUCCUUUUAUUUCCCCAGAAAAAAGGACUGAGAAAAGGACAGAAAAAAAGAUAACUGGAGUAUCUUCAGACUUACAGCACCUGUAUAGUAUUUUAUACACACUGUUUCUUAUUUCGUGUUUACAUAUUUAAAGAUCCUGCUGGGGUUCAUGUUUUUGCUCAGAAAUGUUAUUUUUUGUAUGUACUGUAGACAAAGUGGUGUAUUUGAUGUACACUUACUGUACACCUCGUGAUUAUAGUUGUAAUUUUUUUUCUUUAUGUUGAGCUUAUUAUACAUGCAUGUAAAAAGGUGAUUCAGGGCAUAAUGGUUAGUGAGGAAUACCCUUAUUCUUUGGCUUUUAUUGUGAUCAUGGUCAGAUGGCUAAGCUCUUUUGCUGAUGAUUGCCAUGCUACUGUGGACAUGCCAUUUGGAACAUACUUCUUGGAAAUAUAAAUAUAUUUUAGGUUGGAAGUUGUGGUUAUAACAGUUCUGUAGGCAACUUCCCCCUUCCAUGAUUUUAUUGUAGAGUCGCUAGAGUUUUGUUACUAAACACAAUUAAAUGUGUUUUCAUGUAGCUCUGACAAAAAUGUGUUAUGCAACGUAGCAGUAACUUUAAAAUGAUAGACAUACAAUCACUUUAAGUAUUCAGACUGCUCUCCUUUUUUACAGAUUAUAGAUUUACACUAUAAUUGAUGAAAUGAUAGAUUUUCAGUUAUAUUUAUUCAUCACCUAAUGCUUAGAAAUGUUUGAAUGAGUUCAACUAAUGUUAUUUUAACCCAACCAGUUAACUAAAACAAGCUGAAGACUUAAACCAGGCUUUUAACCGGCUGAAACUCAUGAAGACCAACUGCUUACACAAAGGAAUGAAUUAAGGAUUCACAAAUACAUUUUUAUUUUGUCUUACAAAUACAUUGUUUCAUCAUAAAUUUGCAUUUACAAAGUGCGCAAAAGUAAAAGGGUCUGAAGCAACUAAAGUUCGGCUGUAGCAAACAGCAAUAAGAGGACAUGUUGACAAUCUUAUGUGUACAGUUUGCUAUCCCAAUGAUUUGGUUUCCUGUUUUUGUUCUAUUUGCUCUGAUUUAUCUUGUUUUUUUUAGUGGUUUGAUAUGUUUGAUCCAAACAAUAGUUCAUGUGUAUAGGUGUAUGUAGUGCUGCUUACAUUUUUGGGGGGGGAGGGUGUGUGUUUGUUUUUUUGUUUUUGAAAACCCUGAAAUGAAUAAAGUCAUGACA